AUGGAACUUUCCUCAGCGUUCUGCUAUUUUUUGGUAUUUAUACGUAAAAAUAAAAACCUGAGCGUAGAUUCUCAGAAAAGGCAGCAUUGUCCAAUUUUUAUUGUAAUUAGCGUACAAUAUAAGUCUGAUAAAAGCUUUAAAAAGCAGGCAAGCUCACAAGUAGCAGAUUUUGAACACGUAAGGAGAAGUGUGGCGGGUUUGUUCACCCCUCUGUCGGGAGAUGUCGGCGGGGGUCGGUUGGGAUCGGGAGGCUGCGUCGCAGAGCGCGCGCGCGUACCCGGCCGCUUCGUCAUUGCGACGGAGGCUGUCGUGUGUCGGCGCUGGUCCGUGCGAGCGCUAGUCCGCACCGAGAUCGUGACACCUGGCUCGCGAACCGCGUACACGCCCUCGGAGCCCGGGAAACCCUAUCCCAUUGAAACCUAUCCCGCGGAGCCCGACUCGCGAUCCCGCUGUCCGCGAAGUGCAUGUGUUCAUUGUCCUCAGCUCAGUGAAACCGAUACCGGGACCGGCGAUUGUGGCGCGAUG